AUGCUCACCCGAUUCAUCGCACGCGCGCCCUCAAAACUUGCGGCCAGAACCGUCACCUCGCAGCCAAGGAUUGAUCAUGAAGGCCAGCACCCGCCCCCGGUCACACAGUUCAACGAGCACGAGCUGAUGUUCCAGGAGAACGUGCGCCGAUUCUCGAACAACGUCAUCAAGCCGCUGGUGCGCGAGAUGGACGCAAAGGCCGAGCUGCACAAAAGCAUCAUUACAGGUUCAUUCGAAAACGGGUUCAUGGGCAUCGAGGUGCCGGAAAAGUACGGCGGGCCCGAGUCGUCGUUCUUCGACACGGUGAUUGUUGUCGAAGAAUUGGCCAGGAUCGACCCGUCCGUUUCCGUCUUUGUCGAUGUCCAAAACACGCUGGUCGGCCCGCUGAUCAUGCAGCUCGGCACGGAGGAACAGAAAAAGAAGUAUUUACCGAAGCUCGUCAGCGAAUGGAUCGGCUCCUUCUGCCUCUCCGAAGCCGGCAGCGGUUCUGAUGCGUUCGCGUUGAAGACGGUGGCCAAAAAGGACGGCGACGACUUUGUGAUCACCGGCAACAAGUUGUGGAUCACGAACGCGGGCCACGCCCAGUUUUUCCUCGUUCUGGCCAACGCCGACCCCUCCAAAGGAUAUAAGGGUAUCACCUGCUUCCUCGUUGAUCGUGACGCGCCUGGCGUGAGCGUUGGAAAGAAGGAAGACAAACUGGGUAUCCGGGCCUCCUCGACGUGCCCGGUCAACUUUGACGGCGUCCGCGUGCACAAGAGCGCCAUUCUGGGAGAGUACGGAAAAGGUUAUAAAUACGCCAUCGAGUGCCUCAACGCGGGCCGUAUCGGAAUUGGCGCCCAAAUGCUCGGGCUCGCCCAGGGCUGCUACGAUGUGACGAUCCCCUACCUGCAAGAGCGGAAGCAGUUCAACAGCCGCUUGAUUGAUUUUCAGGGAAUGCAACACCAAAUCGCGCAAGUCGGCACCGAGAUCGAGGCCGCUCGCCUGCUCGUCUACAACGCGGCCCGCAUGAAGGAGAACGGAAUCAACUUUGUCAAGCAGGCGGCCAUGGCCAAGCUGUUCGCCUCGCAAAUCGCCACCACGACCACCUCGAAAUGCGUGGAAUGGCUGGGCGGCGUCGGGUUCACCAAGGAGUUCCCGGCGGAGAAAUUCUACAGAGAUGCCAAGAUUGGCACCAUCUACGAGGGCACGUCGAACAUUCAGCUGAACACAAUCGCCAAGCACAUUGACGGCGAGUACGCGGCGCGGGCGAAA